AUGCUCCCGCUGGCCAAAGCUGAGCGCGCUCGCCGCAGACGGGAUAAGGGAAGACGCAGAGGAGGGGGCAGGAGCGAGGCGUCGUGCGGUGCUGCACGGUGCCGCGGCUGACGACGUGGAGAGAGAGAGAGGCGCUCGCUGAGUCCCGUCUGACGUGUGACUCCCCCAUCCCCCCAGCGUGACACAGAAGCUCACACGACGUGUGUGUGUGUGUACGGUCAAGGGGCCACCACCACCACCACAACCUCGCUCUGUGUGCGUCCUGGAACUGUCGGCGCAGGAUCAGGGAGCGAGGGCCCCCCCACCCCACCACCCUCACCUCCUCAUCCCGUGGAAUGUCGCGAUCGCUUUAAACUGCGAGAGAAGUCCGCCAAGCAUCACCGCCACCGCAGCAGUUACAACGAGGAGGGAGCUUUGUGGGGUUCGGCGGUGGAUGGGGGGGGAGGUUCAGCGAGAUAGUUUCUGAGUGAGAGAGGGGAGAGAUCUUCCUCUCCCCCCCACCACCACCCCCCAACGUCUGCUCCUCCUCCUUCCUCAUCGUGUGCUGGGAGCAGCAGCAGCAGAAGAAGAAGCAAGCAGCCGCAGCAGCAGCAGCAGCGCAUCGGCGUUGCGAGAAGAGGCAUCGGCCCGGAGACUUACGUGACUCGCCGUCCAAUGCGCUGCGUCCGCUCCUCGCGGUGACCACCGAGGAGGAGAAGGAGGAGGGAGGGAGAUUGAGAGGAGAGAGUUCGUGGUUAUUCUCCUUCAACUCCGUUUCUCAGGGAGGUGGCCGUCGACGAGGGCGGCGACGCUGCGGGUGGCGCAACGAUGGAGAAGGCGGUGGGCAAGCUCGCGUACGAGAUGCAGCGCAACUCCAUCUCCGACGACGACUCGGGCUGUGCCCUCGAGGAGUACACGUGGGUCCCGCCAGGACUCAAGCCCGAGCAGGUCCACCGGUAUUUCUGCUGCCUGCCGGAGGACCGCGUGCCGUACGUGAACAGCUCCGGAGAGAAACACCGCAUCGAGCAACUGCUGCGGCAGCUGCCGCCCCACGACAACGAGGUGCGGUACUGCAGCUCUCUGGGCGAGGAGGAGAAGAAGGAGCUGAAGCAGUUCAGCGCUCAGCGCAAGCGCGAGGCGCUCGGCCGGGGAACCGUCAAGACCUUCCCCAUCACGGCCCUGGGCGCCACGUGUGAGCAGUGCGGCGGUGGCAUCGGCGGAGGCGAGAUGGCGGUUUUUGCGUCGCGCGCGGGGCACACCCCGUGCUGGCACCCCGCCUGCUUCGUGUGCGCCGCGUGCCGGGAGCUCCUCGUCGACCUCAUCUACUUCUACGUGGACGGGAAGCUCUACUGCGGGCGGCACCACGCCGAGCGGCUCAAGCCGCGCUGCGCCGCGUGUGAUGAGAUAAUUUUUGCGGACGAGUGCACGGAGGCAGAGGGCCGCCACUGGCACAUCUCGCACUUCAGCUGCGUCGAGUGCCACGUGGUGCUGGGCGGGCAGCGCUACAUCAUGAAGGACGGACGCCCCUUCUGCUGCUCGUGCUUCCAGGCGCGGCACACGGUGGCGUGCGAGAGCUGCCACCAGCACAUCGGCCUGGAGGAGGAGCGCGUGACGUACGGCGGGCAGUUCUGGCACGCGAGCGACCGCUGCUUCAGCUGCGCGCGCUGCAAGAGCUCCCUGCUGGGCUUCCCCUUCCUGCCACAGCGCAGCCAGGUCUUCUGCUCCAAGGCCUGCAGCCUGGGCGACGACGGCAACGCCUCCGACUCGGCCGACUCGGCCUUCCAGAGCGCGCGCUCGCGGGACUCUCGCCGCAGCUUCCGCACGAACGCCGCCACCGCCGCCACCGCCGGCACUCAAAAGCCGCUCGCCAUCGAAGCGUCGGGGAUGACGGCGCCGCCCGCGAUGAUGAUGGCGGCACCGGCCCUCGCCGUUCAGCCGAUGCUCGCGCCAAAGUCGUCCGGCUACAGCCUGGAGGCGGCGUCGGCGCAGAGCACGCUCGACAAGCUGGGGAGCGCGCCGGGAUUCCGCGGCUUUGCCGAGUCGCCGCAGGGCACCGCCGGCGCGGCUGCCGCGGCGGCGGCGGCGGCGUACGGCCUGGACCAGACUCCGAAGAAGCCUCAGGCUUUCCUGACGCAGCGCUCGGUGGCGUCGAGCGGCGGGAGAAGCUCCCCCGAGGCGGCGAUGGGAGGCGCCGGCGGCGGAGCCGGAUACCGCCGGCGCGCCAGCAGCCCCGCCGAGUCGCUCGGCAGCCAGGCGAGCGGCACCAAAGAGCGGUUACUCCAGGACCCGAAAGCCGUGGGCGACUACGGCAACCCGCUGGUCGACUACAACCCUCUGUACGGCCUGUCGAAGAGCUGGCAGCGGACGGAAGAUGGCCCCCAGGGUGGCGGCGGCGUGCGGCAGGCCGCCUACAAGGCAGCGGGCGAGAUGAGUUUCCUGCCGCCUCCGCCGCCGGGGCCGUGGAUCCAGGAUGGACAUCGCGAGGGGGCGGCGGCGGCCUUCAGCGCCAGGGAGCUGCAGCAGCAUUCGCGGCUCGGCGCGGCCGUGUGGGGGUUGAUGGACAUGGAAUCGGGGCGGGCGUCACCGCAUGACUCCAUCGAGUCGCUGCCUCUCUCCAACAUCACCGGCCUCUCGGUGGACAUUGACGGCAAGUCGCCCGACCAGCUGUCCAAGUUCUCGCUGCCGUUCGUCGGCAGCGAGUGCGGCCUCGGCUCGGCGGAGAAGCUCAGCACCGCGGGCACCCUCAACUCCAGCUCUCGCUGCCGCAGCGCCGAGUCACUCUCCGGCCUCUGCUCGAGCCAGCGCCCCGAUCGCGAGCGGGGCCGCCCCUCCGAGCUGCCUCCCCUCCACGGCGAUGGCGGCGGCCGCGCCGGCGGCGCCGUGCCCCGACCGCCCGACCGCGCGCGCCGCUCCCAGUCGCAGCCGCGCUUCCUCGCCCAGUUCGAACCGGAGCGGGGGGCGGUGGCGGCGGCGGCGGCGGCGGCGGCGGCGGCAGCGGCGGCGCCGCAGAUGGCGAUGCCGUUCCCACGAGCGCCCCUGAGCGAGCGCCCCCGCCGGAAACCGAUGGACUUUGACGACGGACGCUCGCGCGCCUCCAGCGGCAGCGGCGGCGGCGGGCAGCACCACCACAGCCGGCAGCGGCACCACAGCGGGCAGCACCACCACGGGCAUCACCACGGGCACCACCGAUCACGCAAGUCGCGGCGCUCGCGAUCGGAGAACGCGCUGCACAAGCUGGCGGCGGUGGAACGGCGCCGGUGCCGCUUCAAGGACGAGCCGGAGGUGCACACGCACGAGGACUACGAGCAGCUGAUGCAGCGCAAGUCCGGGCGGGACGGCGGGGCGCGCGGCGGCUACCCGCAGGCGCCACGCUCCAUCUACGCGCCGCAGAACCACAUCACGGUGGAGCGCUUCCCCAACCGCUACCCGGCCGACCUGGCGCUCGACCUGGACGACGAGGGGGAUGACAGCUCGGACGACUGGUGCUCCACCUGCUCGUCCUCCUCGUCGGACUCGGACGACGACGGGUUCUUCCUGGGGCAGCCGAUCCCGCGCACCGUGGUGCCGGUGCGGUGUCAGUACCGCGAGGGCGGUGGCGGCGCGGCGGCGCUGACGGGGACGCUGACGGGGACGCUGGCGGGGACGAUGGCGGGGACGAUGGGGUACGGCGGGCAGCCGCCACACUCCAUCACGAUGCCAGCGCUGUCGAGGAAGCAGCAGCGCCGGCGCAGGAAUAAGAACUGCAUCAUCUCGUAGCCGCCGGAUCGGUGGCCACCUCCGGAACGCCGGGUCCGGCCGCGAAGGAGCGAGCCGACGGACAACGGCGAUGAUCGCUUCGCGAAAUCGGGACAGCAGCGCUCGCACAUGCGAAAGAUGGAGAGAGACACGGAGAGGGCGGGAUUGGAAAUGAUGAGACGAAACGCCACUUCGUUUACCGUGCGAACGGACCGAACCGUCUGUUACGUUUGUAAAGUCCACACAUUUUCAGAUGUCAUGGUGCUAAGAGGACGUGCUUCCAAGGUUCUGAGCGUCGAUCGCGCCGGCCUCGGCAUAUCAAGGACGAGAACGGUUAUUUAAGUGAAAGGGGGGGAACGAGACUGCGAUGGUGGUUGGAGCGUGCGUUGACGGCGAAAUUCAUGCAACGGAUGGGACGAUGGCGUUUCGCCGAUCCGCCUUUCAAGUUGCACCUAUCGUCGGCGUGCGUAGAUUUUGUAUUAUCGUAUCUAUCUAUCAUCGCGUCGUCAUUUUGAGACCGAUCAUUCUGUGAUUUGGCCGACUUUGCACGCGAAAGCGCGGCAAGCGCGCGCCCGCAGGCCGCAAGGCUCUCGGUUUGCGCCGUGCGGAAGAGUUGAUCCUCGGAGGUAUCCUGACCCUCGAACCAAAACACAAUUCCACGUUCUGCAUCUAAACAACAAGGGCAAAUGUAAAAAAGAAAAAACGUGUAAGUAACGCUAAAGCUGAUUAUAAAAAAGUACAAACGGUAAAUGUAACAGAGCUUUAAUGUUUUAAGUGCACCUAUAUAUGUAUUUUAUUUUUUAAUUCUUCCUUCGACUUUCUUAACUCGCGUAUUACAACAUGUAAAACCUUUUUUUUUUGCUUGUCACGCGUCGCCGCUAUUUCGUCGCGUAACGUAUUUAUAACAAUACCAGCAGCGCGUGCGCGUGUGCGCGCGUGCGGUGCCGGGGUGCCUCCGCACGUCCACUCGCGGUUCUUCACGUCGCGCGCAAAGUUGUCGAAUCCAAAGGGCUUCAAAGCGGGGGGGGGGCUUCGGGGGAGUAGGCCGCCGCGGUUUGUAAAACGACCGUGCGGCGACAGUGCGUCGCUCGCUCCCGUCGCGCGAGCCCCCCCCUGCCGCGUUGCAGCGCGAGUGGUCGAUGCUUCCGGGCAGCCUUGUCUAGACCACCAACUCGAGAGGAGCCGUUAGGGGUGCGGUGCCGUCCCCUCCGAGAGUUGUGACGCCUUCUUUCCCGUCGCGAGCGGCAGCACCUCUGCGACUUGACCUCCCCCCCCCCCCCCCCCUCAGGUUUGACCGGCCUUCAACGCGCUUCUUGUCGUAACGGAGGGGGGUGGGGUGGGGAGUUUGUCACCGUUUGCGCGGAAAGUGCUGGAAUUUUUCUGGGAAUCGCUCGUUUAGCGGGUUCCGUUUCCAACGGUCAAAAAAAAUCAGAAUUCGACGGCCUUCGAUCGCUUUCGGUCCACGGGCGUCCGUGUCGACAAGAAAGCGCGUCGGGAUGGUGGCCGGAGAGGGAGGAGGAGCGCGUGCCAUCAGUUUCACCAAAAAAGAAUAAUUAUUAUUAUAAGAGCAUUUCAUCAGUAUUGUUUUUUUAUAUAUAUAUCACAUACCUGCACUCACUCUGUAAGCCAUUGUUGUUUGAAAUAAUAUUAAUUAUUACCGUUAUUAUUGAUAGGUAAACAACACCAAGAAUAAUAAAUGAUGUACAUGUCUUUGUAAACUGGUGAGCACAUGCAAUUUUUUUGAAUAAACAUUAAAUGAUCUUUUUUUUCUUUC